UGCAAGCACCCCCAAACGAAAGCGAUUGACGAGUACACCCCCUGCAAUCAGUACCACAUCCUCAGGUACCAUGAGUCGAGUGAAGUUUCAUUGGAAAUCGCUGUGCCUGUCCAUGCUGUUUCUGCUUAACCUCGUGUUGAUGCCCCUCAAGCCUUACCUUACCGAGGUAUCCCCUAUCGAACCGGAAAACAAGUAUCGGCCGUCGUACCUGACGGCCGUGAACACAUCCGAAGAGCAAACACAAGCCUGUUGGAUGUCACAGAUGUACAAUGCGUCCACCAUGACGCUCGACACUCUCUACUUUGUUGACAGCCUGCGGAUUGUGGAGGUUAUGCGCACAGUUGCGCCAAACGAGAUCUGUUCGGACGAAGCCGAGCUGGCGAACAUUGUUGAUGCAGUGCGUGGUAUCAUAUUUUUCACACCAGCAUUCAAGCAAUCCCUCACAGUUCGGUGGGGCUGCGGUGGGGCGACGCCAACCCCAUACCAACACCUCCCCCCACAAGUGUGGUUAUUAACACUCGGUUCAAUCCCCGUCUCGACGUCCGUGGCGUGGGUCGUUCCUGAAAACGAAGGGACGACCGUGUACUACGCGUACAUGCCUGGAAUCAAAUCGCAAGCGUGGAGACUCACCAUCCUCUGCUUUCGUCUGGUCGCCAGCGUUUGGAUCUUCCACCUGUCCAUAGCAGGGUACUACAACCAUGUGCGGCACCUGCGGGGCAAUCUGGACGCGUUCCCCCUGCACGGAUAUACCAAAGCCAGUCGGUAUGAAAUCGUCGUAGGCGAGCCGACGUGCAUCGUCCUGGCCAACCCAUGGCUGUGCCUAUGGUUUCUUCUCGACCUGGUCACCAACACCGAGUACAUUGGCAUGGCAUGUUUGCGGGUGUGUCAGAUAAAUAACCUUGUCUACUUUUGCCUUGGUAUGCUCUACUUGGGUCGCACCGUUUGGUGUGGAUACACUGCGCUGGCGGUGCUCAAUAUCUUGCUCAAACGGCGCCACAAAGCGCACUGGGUCAAGCCCACCAACACGACCAUCCUGGCGCUGGCAGCAAGUUUAGCCGGCGGUGGCAUCAUGUACAUUCAAACCGAGUGGCAGGAACACCUGGACAUGUACUUUACGCUCUACGUUGUGCACUAUGUAUCCGACACCCACGAGACGACCACCAUGGAAACAGCCCCCGCGAUGCUCGUUUACGCCUUGUCCAUGACCAUGUUGCCCUUUGCGAUUGCCGCCACGCAGCACGUGGCCAACUUCCUCCUUCAUCACUGGAAACUCUGCCGAGCUGGCCGCAUCACUUCCAUGCUAAUUUCGUCGGCGAGGCAUUCGUUAACGCGGUCCAUGAUGGUUUCCCCCACCAUGCCAGAGGCACCUCGACACACACACCAGAGCCAAUGCGAGUACAACGACGUCAAGCACCGCGUGGUGCUGUGGUUAUGUGGCUUGACCAAACUCAAACCACGUGGGCGUACCUGUGACAUCCGUCUUAUUUACAAGGAUUCUUUGAUCGUGUAGGCCAUUUCACUGGCGGAAGCAUCUACUCGCUGUUCCGGGCCGCCCCUGGCUACCAAGCCCAGUGCACCCUAAGUCAACGUGGGGGAGACUGCUACAUCUUGUGCUAUGACUCCUCCGAUCGCCUCCUCGAAUGUACUCGCGUGACGCUGGUGUCGCAAGUGGACCUGGCACAUCAAACUCAAUUGCUUCAGCAGAAAACGACCAGCGCGGCCGUGGGACGGGUGGUCUUGGGCUUGGAUCGGAACCAUGGCAGUACCGUGAUGGAAUUGUUCCAAGGCGAGCGCAACUCGCCAUGGAUAGCAUAGUUCGAUGCACAUGGGUAGAGAAAACAAACCAAACACUGCUAUCGCGUCGUAAUUGUUACUAAUUUAUUGCUAAAUGGUGAUCUAC